GAAAUACCCUUUUAAAACCGCUAAAACCCCCAAAGUUCCGGAAGCGCGGGCUGCGAGCAGCCAUUGGCCCGCGGGCUGGGGGGGCGCGGCGGGGCCGGCUCGGAGCCGGGAUGGCGGCGGCGGCCGCGGCCGCUCCGUGCGCGCUCUGCGCCGCCUCCGCGCCCCCCUACACGUGCCCGCGCUGCCACCGCCGCCUCUGCUCCCUGCGCUGCUACCGCGCCCACGGCCCCUGCGCCGAGGCCUUUUACCGCCAGCAGGUUCUCGAGGCGCUGCGCGCCGAGCGCAGCUCCCCGCCGGGCCCCGCGCUGCCCGGGCUGCGCGAGCCACGCGAGCCCGGGGAUCCAUCGCGGCCCGCGGGCCGCGGGCUGUGGGAGCAGCUCAGCGAGGCGGAGCGCGACGGGUUCCGGCGGCUGCUGAGCUCCGGGGAGGCCGCGGCGCUGCUGCCGCGCUGGCGGCCGUGGUGGUGGCGCGGCCGGGGGCGAGUGGAGGAGCUCGGGGACGGCUCGGGGGCCGAGGGGGAUGAGGAUGAGGAGGCCGGUGAAGCUCGGCCCGGCCCCGCGCCGCCCGUCCCGACCUCGGUGUGCCCGCUGAGCGCCCUCCGCGCCGCGCCGCCGUCGCCCUUGGUGCGGUUCCAGCUGCCCAACGCGCUGUUCGGUUACGCCUUCGCGCUGAGCCUGCACGGCGGCGACGAGACGCUGCUGCCCGAGCUCCUGGACGCCGCCAUCGCCGCCUCGGCCGCGCUGCGCGGCCGCCGCCCCUUCAGCAGCACGGCCGAAGCGCUUCUGAGCGCCCGGCGCGACGCGCGGGCCGCGGGGCUGCCCCUGAGCCCCCUCGGCGACAGCGGGGCGCUCCUGGCCGUGGCGCAGCUGCUGGAGGGGCGCGAUAGUCGCGACCCCGGCGCCGACGUGGCAGCGGCUUUGUGGCACCUGUGGCGGCUGCUGAGGGCGGGGGCGCGGGCGCUGCCGCCCCCCGAACGGGGCCGCUUCCGAGGGGCCCGCAGGAAGGUCGGGUUCUUGCUGAGCUGGAGUCGGGGCGCCACCGAGGAGCUCGCCCAGCUCGCACGGGAGGCGCGCGCGGUUCACGCCGAGGUGGCCGCGGAGGAGGCGGCGGUGGCCCAAAUCAGGGAGGGGCUGGAGAAGGUCUGGGGGGGACCCCGGCCGCCCCCCAGGGAGGAGCGAGCACCUUGGGUGGUCACAGAUGGGGCCCGGGGGGUCGAGGAGGGAGUUGAGGAGGUUUUCGGGGGUCCCGCGGGUGUCGGUGCAGUGCAGGGUCCGCGGCUGAUCGAAGAGCUGGACUGAGACGGGGAGAUCCCGAGGAAACAGCCGUGGGAGAGAACCUGCUGGUGGAGAGUACUGAUGAAUGUCCAGCGAACCAGGUCCGGGAAAGCUGCUCGUUAAGGGAUAGGACUAAUGAACUUCCAACGAAACACUGCCCGGAGUGACUCUAAUUAAGUGAUGUGACUGAGGAGAUCCUGGCAGAAGAGACCUGGCUCGUUAAGGCAGGGGACGAACCAACAUCCAACAAGCCAGUCCGAGAAAUGACCCUCAUUCAGGAACGGGACUCAUUAAGGGAGAGGACUAAGAAGAGCCCGAGGAAGUGGAUUCAGGAGAGAACUCACUCAUCAGUGAUCCAGGCUAAGGACGGCCCGAGGAACCAGGCCCUACCUGCUCGGAACAUCCCACAAACCAGGCCUAGGAGUGACGCUCACCAAGGCUUGGGACUCAUUAAGGACGGGACUAAGGAGUGGUGAAAUACCAUUAGGAGAGAUCCUGAGAGAACUGGGGGUCUGGACUGAUGAAGGGCUGGUAAAGCUGUGCAGGAAGGA